AUGACCGACGCACGCGAUUCGGAGGCGAUCUCGGCGUACCUCUCCGACCUGCAGACUCAAGUCCGUGCUCCAUCACCACCACUGUCGACAGUCAUUCGCGUCUUGGCCGAACCUUUGUCCUUUCUCGGAUUUCUGCAUGCACCCUCGGCGAAUGCGACGUUGGAUUCUCUUCUCCCAUCCUGGUCAGGACCUAUCGAGCCCACAACAGCCAGGCGGAUGUACUUUAUUCAGCACCUGCUGCCAAACCACCUCGAGUUCAUACUGGACAACAUCACUGUGGAUUGGCUGAGCGCGCUACCUUCGGCUGAACAGACUGUCCUCUUCGACACCUUCUUUAUACCAGCCCUGGCGACGCGAACAACAGCUCCAGCAGAUCGUAACUCGCGGGACUUUUCGGUGGCAACGGCGAUGGCACUGGUUUCAUUGCAGACAUUAGUCGGUCGGAUCAAUCAGCGCUUUUCAGAGAACCACUCGUUUCUCAACAAGACUAUCCUCAAGUUACUCAAGAGGCUGCUGGAGGAGUAUUCGCUGUUGGAUUAUUUCAAGGCAUGUUAUAAGAUCGGAUCAACAGCAGGACCAGGAUACUCACAACAAUCACCAGCAACGAUAGCAGUGGCUCAAGCAACCUGGGACUCGCUCCUCUCCAAGCUCUUUUCUAUUCCGACCAGGAUAUCGAAUGCGUUUGGAGCAUCGAGACAGUUCUCGGGCAACUCGAGCGAUAGGACAGAUUUUGAAGAGUGUUUUCAGGAGGACUACUUUUUUGAGCAGCAGGCUGCCCAAUUGCAGGAGUGCGUUAGUAGAAUGGCGGAUCUGGAAGAAGAAGAGAGGAAACUGCAUGCCAAGGCAUUUGGAGUUGUGAUCGCCAAGCUUUUGCGGCUAGGUUUUGGACGGACGCUUGUCAAAUCGGGGGUGUCGACCCUUUGGGAUAAGGAUGCACCGGCAGAUGCCCUGGGAUGGAAACUCGCAUUGACAGCAUCUACGUCAACGACAGCACAGACGUUUUUAACUGCGCUGGUUGAGUACCUCAAUGGAAAUCAGCUGGAAUCGAAUAGACUCUGUUCUUCAACGGAAAAUAUCACGGAGAGUUCGCGACAGGAAGUCCACAAGGCAGCUCAUUUGCUGUUCUCACUAGGGUAUGGAGAAAGAGCAGGAGCAGGGGAGGAGAGUGCCGAUAUGAUCGAGGAGAUCAUCUUCCAGGGACGUGUCUACGGAUCGGGAGUAUUGCGUGCGUUGAUCUGCAUUCAGAGUGGCUGGCCCACAGGUGUCAAAUCAAGCAAAGAUAUAUCCUAUCAACUUCUCCUUAUGAUUGGAUACUUCAACACCUCGACUCUUCUCGAAAUGGACGCUAUCCCUACAUUUGGCAAUGGAGUUGGUAACUGGCUGGAGCUCGAAGACUUUAAGAGGAAGCAGAUUGGCUUGAUUGUUGCAGAGGAAUUCUCAAAGGCAGUGGACACUAUUGGAUCGCCGGCAGAUUUCGGAUUGGAUGGUGCCGACUCGGAUGUCAAGUUUGCUCGGUCCCUGGUACAGCUCAAGGAUGGCGCCCUCUCAUAUCGGCCCCAACCACAGUCAUCAAAAGGCGAUACGACUGCUUUUGAAGGGAAGCAUGCACAGAGCGUUCGUGGUUUCGAUGCAACACGCGGCGGGGCACAGGUGUCAGAGCUGACAGAUUCAGAUGACGACGAAGAUCCAGAUGCGGCAGCAGACGCGUUUCCUCGCUCUCACAGGCAGCUAAGCGACGACGAAAGCAGCGACGAAGAUGACGAUCUGAGGCCAUAUGAGAUGGAGUACGAGUCGGAUCCUGAUGAAGAUAUCGGAGCAGUCAGGAAACCCAAAGUGGCGCCUACUUUGUACCUGCGGGAUCUCAUUACAUAUAUCCGAGCGGAUGAAGAUCGCGAAAAGACCGAAGUUGGGCUGCAAACGGCUGCAGAGUUGAUCCGCCGCAAAGUCGGAAGUCUCGAGCUUGAGGAACAUGCUGAGGAGCUGGCGAAUUCAUUUGUUCAUCUCCAGGACACGUUUGAUACACCAAGCUUUUACAAGCUAAGGGAAGGCGCUUUGGUGGCGCUCGUUGUUUCAUCGCCCUUGCUUGUUUCUGGGGUUCUUACAUUCCAAUUCUAUGAGAAAAAGAACUCGUUGGGCCAAAGGCUCAACAUUUUGACCGCUCUUGUGCUUGGUGCCCAGGAACUCUCGGGGUUCGACCAAUCAACACUUCCAUUGUCAAAAGGGCAGUCAGGACCUAGCAGCAAGACUGGCAAUCCAGCCACAGGAUCAACUAGUUUGACAGCUCCUAGGCCAACAUUCGACAACAUCACUUCAACCAUCUCCCUGGCAAGGACGCGUCGGUUUUCUCAAAAAUCUAACAUUGAGGCUAAUCGUCCUGCACCCAAGGCGAAUGCGUUUGCAAACCUGGCGCCGACGUUCUUGGGUGGUCUUUUGGGUCGAUGGGGCGGCAACCGUGGCGCAGGAGCUGAGCGCGGUUAUGACGCGCUUCAGAGGGCGCCUGCCAUGUUGCUCAAGAAGUUUGUCGUCACCCUAGGAGUCCUUGUGCACUAUUCAGGAAACUCGCCGCAUUUGCUGCCGAUGACAAAGGAGUUGUUCCAAUUUUUACUCGCUCUGCGGUAUCAUACUCCUCCCAGUCAACCCUCGCCGAACUCGUUUGGUGGCGUCAAAUCGCACCCACCAACUAUGGCUUCCCUCUCUUCGAUGCUAUCCGGGACGACAUUGGCGACACCCACAAUCACGUCCCUCAAACUGCCAGGUGAAGCAGGAUCUUCUUCGAAUAUUACAUCCUCCUCGUCACCCAUCGCUACAGGCGUACCAUUGAAUGCAGACUUGGUUGAGAGUUUGCUGUUUGGCCUCUUGAUCCUUGUCACUCCUGCCUCGGGUACCUUGUCAGAUGAUCUGCUACUGCACGAGUUCUAUGUGGAGAUAUUGGAGACGCAGCAGUGGGCGAUGGAGCUGUGGGAUUCGCAGAAGCUGGAGCAGGGUAGUAAUGAUAAGGCCAGGAUGUACUGUGCGGCACUUUUGCAGCGGUGUUUUGAGCUGAUGAAGGUGUCUAUGUGA